AUGGAAGAUAUAAAAGAUCUCAAGAAGAAUGAGCGGCAGUUGCGGUCAUCUAUCAAAACCAUAGCGAAAUUCGUCCAAGGUUUUCGCAAAGAAGUGCAUGAAAAACAGAUCGACGUUCGUUUGGAAACGCUGGAGAAUGCAAUGCGGAAGUUUUAUACCGUCCGACGUAAAAUCGAAAUGGCUAUCGACGACGAGGACGAGAAGCCUGACACCAAAGAAUCUGCGGAACAACGAGCGGAGCGUUUGGAAGCACUAGCGGCCCAGCGAGAGGAAGAAUACGAUGAAGCCAUUCGGGUUGUAGAGGAGGAGUACUAUGAAAUUAAAACAUCUCUCCUGGCCUUGCGAUCCAGUGCAGAUACAAAUACUGUGCGGGCUACCAAUGACGUCACAUCAGCUGCAGCGCAACCGUGUUUCUCUAAGGUAAAGCUGCCCGAUAUUAAACUUCCGACAUUCAGCGGCAAGUCUCCGGUGAUGCUCUUCAAGAGAUUAAUUCAGUUGCACUUUCGGCGGAUAACUACGAAGUGGCUUAUGUGGGAAAAACGAUUUGAAAACAAAAAACUGAUUGUGAAGGCGCAUCUGGAUGCUCUCUUUGCAAUUGAGCCCAUGCGAAAGGAAAGUUACGACGCUCUAUGCUUCCUGAUCAAUGAAUUUGACAGGAAUUUACAAAUGUUAGCUAAAAUUGGGGAAGAUUUUUCGAACUGGUCGACGAUUUUGGCUCACAUGGUGUAUACACGUUUGGACUCAACCACGCUGCGGCACUGGGAGAGUCAUCAUAACUCAAAGGAAGCCCCUAAAUACGAGAUCCUGAUUGAAUUUCUUCGGGAUCAAUGCACAGUGUUGCAGUCGAUUGCUCCAAGCAAAUCUAGUACAGAUGAGUCAAGGCGUCCACGGCUGUCUGUGACACAUACUGCUGUUCAGUCGUCGAGACGAUGUUUGUUCUGUGGCGAUUCGUUCCAUUUGGUGUUCCAAUGCAACAAAUUCAAGUCCAUGUUAUUGAAUCAACGUAUGGAGGAGGUGAAUAAGAAACGGUUGUGUCGAAAUUGCUUGUCCGCUGGACAUUUUGCUGAGAAUUGUUCCCGAGGUUCCUGUAUACGAUGCGGCAGAAACCAUCACACCCUCCUACAUCACGAAAACGGAGUAAGCGUGUCUAGUGCAACAAAACCAUUCGUUCCAAAAGCGCAAGGUAGACCACAGACAGCAGGCCCACAACCACAACAACCGCAACACAAGCCACACGGUCAGACACAAACCACACUCACUCAAACACCAACAGAACAAAAAGCCACUACAUCAUAUCCAGCUGUAAGCACAACCCCUCUUAACACUCACCCAGGAAACACCACAGAACAUCACACAACAAUUACUCUUGAAGCCGUCGCUCAAGUUCCGUCAUGUCAAGUUCUCAUCUCCACUGCCAUUGUGCGGGUGGAAGAUCAAUUUGGCAAUAUUUCGUUCGCUAGAACUUUGCUGGAUUCGUGUUCCGAACUCUGUUACAUGACCAGUAAAUUUUCGAAGAGACUAAAGCUCCGGGAAUCACCCGCAUUCUUGCAAGUACAAGGCAUCGGCAAUGGUAGCACUUCAGCUACUAAGUGCGUUGAAGCAAACAUCCAGCCACGUCAUCCCUCAAUUUCAUCGUUUGCGGAAACUCAGUUGAGAUCGAUCCUGAUCACCUUCCCCAAGAAAUGGUAUUGGCGGAUCGGAAAACCCGGACCAGUCGAUAUGAUCAUUGGAGCUGAAAUAUACUUUGACUUGCUCUCUGCCGGGAAGACAAGGUUGAGUAAAGACGGCCCAACUCUCCAAGAAACCGUAUUCGGUUGGGUGAUAUCAGGACGAGUUCCUAAGCAAGUUUCUCCGCGGACAUCGACCUUCGUUAGUUCAACCGUGGAUCUUCAAGAGUUGAUCGCCAAGUUUUGGGAAUUGGAGACCUGUUAUGUGACCAGUACUCUUUCCUUGGAAGAGACCGCAUGUGAAGAACUGUUCGAGCGAACUACCGUGCGUGACGCUGAAGGUAGAUUCGUCGUAAGUUUGCCUAAAAAGGAGAAUGUGAUUCAGAAAUUAGGAGAAUCGAAAGCUAUUGCACUGAAACGGUUCUCGAGCCUGGAGAAAAGGUUAGAUGCGAAUCCUGAGCUGAAGGCGAUGUACAAGGAGUUUAUUCACGAGUAUCAGCUGAUGGGUCAUAUGAAGGAAGCACGCGACGAUCCUUAUCAGGAGCCCAUUUACUACAUGCCUCAUCAUGCCGUGUUGAAGCCAGACAGCACAACGACAAAACUUCGUGUUGUUUUCGACGGGUCGUGUCGCACAUCGACUGGAGUCUCCCUAAAUGUUAUGGUUAAUGCGUUGAUGCGUUAA